UGUUCCAAACUACAUCUGCCAUUAAAUACUCGACUGUCCUUUUCAACCAUGAACUUGAGGAGUUAUAGCAUAACCUCUGCUAUAUCCACUAUCACUUGCCUUUUUUUCUUUUUCCUCUCGGACUCAGCCAUAUCCGUUGAAGCUUAUGUUCCAGUUGAUAGCUACAGCAUCAAUUGUGGCUCAAGUGGCAAAUCCUCCGAUGGUGAAAGGUCAUGGAACGGAGACAUACACUCAAAUCUCUUAACUCUUCAAGACACAAAGACCAUCGUUGCGCAACCAGCCACACAAUUUCCUCUUUACCAAGUUCCAUAUACCAGUGCUCGCUUGUCUAACUCUGAAUUCAGUUACUCCUUCCCGGUCACACUUGGCCGGAAAUUUGUUCGUCUCUUCUUCUACCCUGCUUCUUACGCUGGCUUUGACCGUAAUAACGCCUUCUUCACGGUCAAAUCCGAGGGUUUCACACUCCUUAAGGAUUUCAAUGCUUCGCUUAACGCUGAUGCUGCAAGCAGGGACACCAUCUUUAAAGAAUACAUCAUCAACGUGGAUGAUGGGCAGAGGAUCAACCUGACCUUCACACCAAACACAACCCAUCCAAAUUCUUAUGCGUUUGUGAAUGGAAUUGAGGUGGUUUCGAUGCCCAGUGAUCUCUACUUCUUUGAACCCAACGGACAACAAAUUAUAUUUGUGGGUCAUCCAGGCGUGCUAUACGAAAUGCUAAACAGUAGUGCCCUGCAGACAUAUUACAGGAUCAAAGUUGGCAGCGGCAGAAUCACACCUAAAGGUGAUACUGGCAUGCUCCGGAGCUGGGCAGGAGAUGAUGCUGAUUAUUUAAGAACGCCAAGUGCUCUGUAUAUGGUAUCCGGUGAUGCGACCGGAAUGAUGAACAUCACUGUGAGUCCUGAUUAUGAAGCACCCAUUGAGCUUUACAGAACAUCACGUGAUAUGGGCAAGAAUGGAACUCUCAACCAAAUGAUAAAUUUGACCUGGGAGUUUCCUGUUGAUUCUGGCUUCACCUACAUGCUCAGGCUUCACUUUUGCGAGCUAGACCCAGACAUCACUAAAACCAAUGACAGAAUGUUCAACAUCUACAUAGCAGGCCAGUUAGCUGAGGACCAUGCCACUGUUCUAAAAUGGAGCAAGGAAAAGGGAAUUGCUGUACAGAGAGACUAUGCAGUUACGAUCCCAGGGACUACUCAGGACAAGUUUAACCUUUCACUCCAAAUGCAUCCUACAUCAGACACAUGGUACAGAGACCCUUUCUUGAACGGCCUUGAAAUCUUCAAGAUUAGUGACCCUGCGUCUAAUAGCCUGGCAGGACCCAACCGUGAACCUGUUCCUCAUUCAUUUGCUCCACCACAGUUCUCUGCCUCUCUUCAAUACUCAAACAAGAGGAUUAUAAUAAUCAUACUAAUCUCUGUCUCUGCAGUAUUCAUUUUUCUUUCCAGUGUAGUCUUCUUCCUCCUUAGAAAACAAAAGAAAAAGAGCAUAAAGAGAUCUUUCGAAGUAGCCAACACUCAAACCUUACCAUUGCCAUCCACUCUUUGUCGUCGAUUUUCCUUGGUUGAGAUGAAAACAUGCACCAAUAAUUUCGAUGAGCUCCUCCUUAUCGGGGUGGGAGGGUUUGGCAACGUGUACAAAGGCUACAUCAACGAAGGUUCAACACCAGUCGCGAUCAAACGGUUAAAACCGGGUUCACAGCAAGGGGUUCAGGAAUUCAGGACCGAAAUUCAGAUGCUCUCUCAACUGCGCCAUCUCCACCUUGUGUCCCUCAUUGGUUAUUGCUGUGAGAGCAACGAGAUGAUGUUGGUCUAUGAUUUCAUGGAUCGAGGAACCUUACAAGAUCAUCUCUACAACAAUAGUAGUAACCCUUCCCUUUCGUGGAAGCAACGGUUGCAUAUCUGCAUAGGAGCAGCGAAGGGGUUGCAUUAUCUCCAUGCAGGUGCGGUCCACAAUAUCAUUCACCGCGAUGUAAAGAGCACCAACAUCUUAUUGGAUGACAAAUGGGUGGCCAAGGUUUCCGAUUUCGGCUUGUCCAAAAUAGGACCCUCUGGCAUUUCAAUAACCCACAUUAGCACUGUGGUGAAGGGCAGUCUUGGAUAUUUAGACCCAGAAUACUAUAAACGACAGCGUUUAACUGUGAAGUCUGACGUGUACUCCUUUGGAGUAGUGCUGUUUGAGGUGCUGUGUGGGAGGCCGCCUUUGAUGAGGACAGUGGAAAAACAACAGAUGUCACUUGCUCAUUGGGCUGUAUGUUGUUACGAAGAUGGCACGUUGGAUCAGAUUGUGGACAAAGCAUUGAAGGGUCAGAUUGCACCGGAAUGCUUGACGAAGUUUGGUGAGAUUGGUGUGAGAUGUUUGCAUGAAGAUGGUUCCCAACGACCUUCCAUGGAUGAAAUUGUUUGGUGUUUGGAGUUUGCAUUGAUACUGCAAGAGAGUGCUGAGACGCAUCAAGAACAUCUUGUUACUGCAAUUGAAAUGCUUGAAAUUAGCAAUGUGUAACUCUGUAACAUGGAAAUGAUGGGGAUAAUGCCACAACUCAAAGUGUAGUUGAAAUUCGUUAAAU